AUGUCGUCUCUUACAAUCGAACAGUGGAUCUAUGCCCUCCAAACACGAUUCUCCUUCGCUGAGCUACCUGACUCCUCCAACCCAUAUGUCAAGGCGAUGCAUACUUUUCAGUCCUUCACCAACGACAUUGCCUCGGCACUCCGGGACAACGACACCAUUGAUUUAGAAGUGAUUGACAAAGAUAUGCUACACAGGAUCUACGAUGGUCUGCCAUCCUUCUACCAAUACGAAAGCUUCCGAGACUGGGUCAAGGACGCCACCUUGAAGCAUCCCCAUCGUCGUACACUUAAGCAAUAUCAGUGGCUUUGUAUUGUUGGUGCGCAGCAGCAGAAGCCGAGCAAAUCGAAGGCUGACCUCGUACACAUGAUUCUGGAGGCGGGAGAAUGGCCUUACGUCUGGGCAAGAGGCGCGUAUGAUACCGAGAACCUCCUAAAAGACCCAGAGUCUCAAUGGUUCUUCCGCAAUAAGAACGGCAUCAAGGCUGCGAAAAGAAACAAGGAUGAUCACGGUGGGUCGUGUCUGAUCUGCGCAAACAACUUCGAUGCAGGCAUCCAUCUGCCACAGCGUGCCCCUUGUGGUCACUGUCAAUGCCGACGGUGUUUUCAGGAGUCAUUGAAGUAUGCCCUUGGGGUGUAUAGCUGUGCAUUUUGCCGUGCCUGCCUGGUCUGUGGUGGCCAUGCAUGCCAGCAUCACGUCAUUCCUCACGAUGAGGCGCCUCCACAUCCACUGGGCGAGUUCCUGAAGGCAGGACACUAUCUUUGUGCAGACUCGUGCACAGUGAUGGAACCGCUCCACGGUCUGACACCGGAGCGAUAUUGGACUCUGCGAGAGUUCACCCGCAAAAAUCGUUCAAUGUUAACGAAGGUGCUAUGGCUUCUCGCCCAUAACCUCGCUCCUGAGCAUCGUGUCCAGGUGGAGCAGGAGCGAGACGAUCUCUACACCCUUCUGGAGAGCAAAGUCGAAACCGCGCGAAAGUCCUCAGAUCUAUGA